CCUGCCUCUACAGUCGAAAUCGCCCUCCCGCCCCUUCCCGGGCUGGGGUUUUCCCCUGUCUCGCGACGCCUCUACGACCUUUAUAUCUUCAAGGGACCGCACCGGGACAAUCGAGUCAGGUAGACCCGACCGGUGGAGACCUGUGCGUCGAGAUCAAUGUCAAGGGGCUCUCCCUGGGCGCUUGAUAUCGACGGUGCGAACACCUUAGCUUCUGUGGCUUCGCAACAGAAAACCCCUCCCUCCAGCGACAAUGGCCGACUACAACAACCAUUAUGAUCCUCGAGCACCUCCCCAACGGCCUCGGGGGGGCUACCCAGACCAGGGAGGUCACCAACGAGAUGCUGCAUUCAACAAUAUCUUCGGGGCGGCACCCCCGGGCAGGUCGCAGACAAUGACAUCUUCGUCCAUGGCAUCAUUGCCGGACCAAGGCCGCACGCAUACCAUGUCGUCCAUGAGUUCGGGCAUGCAGCGACCGCCCCCUCAGCAGCGUUCAUAUCCUGGCUAUUACGGCGACCAUGAUCAACCUUCUCAACGAACACGUACAAUGGACUCGAGCAAUGCUCCCGGCGGCUAUUAUCAGCAAGGCCAAAGGGCAGCGUCAGGUGGACAUCCGCCCCCAGCCGCUGCUCAAGGACAAUACCCAGGCCAUUACCAGCAGCCUGCCAAGCGUCCAUAUCCCGCUGGUCAAGGUCCUGCCCCAACCCGCGGAGAUCCGCGCAUGGACCCGCGCAUGGAUCCUCGAGGGCCGCCAGCUGGAGCCAUUGGCGCAAGACAUGCACCUCAGCAGGGACCUCCACGACCGUAUCCAGGUGGUCAGCAGCCUGCUGCUGCUCACAAUGACCCAUACAGAUCGCAAUCAAUGGUGAACUCGGCACGUCCGCAUAUGUACAAUCCUCCACCAUCUUCUUAUCAGGGACCUCCAGCGAAUGCGUUUCGACAAGCGCAAUAUUCGCAGCAGCAGCCCUCUAGAACCACCGCGCAAGGCAGGGUCGUUCCCGAGCGCCAUGAUGAUCGGUCCAUGUCCAUGACUGGCGGCUCAUACAACCCGCAGGAUCGCCACGAUGCACACCAGACCAUGAGCGGGCGAGUCAUCCCUAAUCGGAGGGCCCCCAGCGAAGCCUCCAGCGUUACACCCAAUGGAUAUGCGCCCCUCAACGGCCACUACCCUCCAGCACCAGGAACACAGACGAGAACAACAAGUAUGGCAUCUUCUACGACAGCGGGCGGUGACCAUGCCAGAACGAUGUCGAUGGCAUCGACAAUCGCACCAAUGAUUACUCCUUCCGAGUCCGACGCCACUUCUAUGGUUGCCUCACGGCCCUCUAGAAGCAAGUCUAUCGAAAGCGAACGGCCGAUGACAGCAACCAAGAUCCGUCCGCCUCUCGUCUACCCUGCCAUGCUCUCGAAAGUUGGCGAAUGUUUUCGGCGCAAGAUCAUCACUGGCGACCGAACCAAGAACGAACUCACGUACAAAAAUGCAUUCAGCGGAAGCGAGGCCGUAGAUGUCUUGUCUUAUAUAAUUCGAACGACCGAUCGCAACCUUGCACUUCUCCUGGGUCGAGCCUUGGAUGCCCAAAAGUUCUUCCACGACGUUACAUACGAACAUAGAUUGCGCGACUCGCAGGCCGAGAUGUACCAAUUCCGGGAAAAUCUGAUGGAGGAGCUGCCCGAAGACAAACCGGCUGUCAAUGGUGUAUUUGUGCUGCUGUCUGAGUGUUACUCGCCGACGUGUACGCGAGACCAGCUGUGCUAUUCCAUCGCCUGCCCACGACGCCUGGAACAAGUCUCGAGACUGAACUUGAAGGUCACGACUGGUCUGCGCAAGCCUGAUUCCGCCAAUGUCGCCGAUGAUGAAGCCGAUCAGACAGAUGAGCAAAAGCUCUGGAUGAACUCGGUACCGCAAGAGAUCAAGGACAAGACUUCAGAAAAGGAACAGAAGAGACAAGAGGUCAUUUCGGAGAUCUGCUACACCGAGAGGGACUUUGUGAAAGAUCUGGAGUACCUUCGCGAUUUUUGGAUAUUGCCUCUGCGUUCCAAGGCCUCUCCCAUUCCGGCUCAGCGGCGCGACAAAGUCGUCAAGUCCAUCUUCAGCAACAUCAUCGACCACCCGAGUAUUCAUACUGUCAGUUCCCGCUUUGCCAGCAGUCUCACCUCGAGACAGCAGAAAGAACAUGUGGUGUAUAACAUUGGCGACAUCUUCCUCGAGUACGUUCCUCUGUUUGAGCCUUUCAUUUGGUAUGGCUCGAAACAGCUCGAAGCCAAGUUUGAAUUCGAGAAUGAGAAAUCGACCAACCCGUACUUUUCGAAAUUUGUCGACGAAAUUGAGAGGAGAAAAGAAUCCCGCAAGCUCGAGCUGAACGGAUACUUGACCAAGCCAACCACGCGUUUGGCCCGUUAUCCGCUACUCUUGGAGAAUGUGUUGAAGUUCACUGAGGAUGGCAAUCCUGACAAGGAGGAUCUUCCCAAAGUCCUUACGAUCAUUCGCGACCUCUUGAGCAGAGUCAACGCCGAGUCUGGAAAGGCCGAGAAUCGUUACAAUCUGCGCAAGCUUCAUGAACAGCUUCGCUUCCGGCCUAAUGAAAGGGUCGACCUCCGACUCACCGAAGAGGGUCGUGAGCUGGUUGUCAAGAGCAACUUCAGAAAGUCGCCCACUGAUGUCGCCGAGAUUACAGCAUAUCUGUUCGAUCACGCUGUCCUACUGGUACGGACCAAGCAGACUGGUAAGAGCGAGGAAGUCAAGGCAUAUCGUCGCCCUAUUCCUCUUGAGCUGCUCGCAAUUCGUGAGAUGGACGAGGUGAUUCCUCAACAGGGCAUGAAACGCUCGUCUUCAAGCCUUUUGCCUGCAUUGCGAACCAACAAUGCGGACAACAAGAGGGAAGCAGGGUGGCCCAUCACCUUCCGUCAUUUGGGCAAAGCCGGCUAUGAGUUGACAGUAUAUGCCGCGAACCAACAAGCCCGCAAGAAGUGGUUGGAGCAUAUUGACAGCUCGCAACAGCGCUUGCGCGGACGCGCUGAUUUCUUCAACACCACGGUCAUUUCGAGCAACUUCUUUGUUGGUACCAACCACGUCAACUGUGUUGCACCUUAUGACGGUGGUCGUAAGUUGCUUUUCGGCACUGACAAUGGCAUCUACCUGGCGGAUCGCAAGAACAAGGACCAAAUACCAAGACGCGUCCUCGAGACAACCUCCGUCACCCAGAUCGACAUCCUCGAAGAGUACCAGUUGUUGCUCGUCCUGUCCAACAAGACACUGCUGUCCUACUCUACGUCUGCUCUGAACCCCGAUGAACCUGCUCUGUCAAAGAGGCCUAAGAAGAUCCAGAACCAUUGCAGUUUCUUCAAGACGGGUAUCUGCCUUGGUCGCCACCUGGUGUGCUGCGUCAAGUCCUCUGCACUCUCGACUACUAUCAAGGUGUUUGAGCCCAAUGACGCCAUGACCAAGGCCAAGAAACAGAAGGGCCUAGGUAAAUUCAUGAGCAGCGGCCAGGAUGAACUGAGGCCCUUUAAAGAGUUUUACAUCCCCACUGAGUCAACCUCGGUGCAUUUCCUCAAGUCGAAGCUUUGCGUGGCCUGCGCCAGAGGCUUUGAGGUUGUGUCGCUCGAGACGCUUGAGACGCAGUCACUCCUCGACCAGGCUGACACAUCGCUCGACUUUGUCGCCCGCAAAGAAGGUGUUCGACCGAUCCACAUUGAGCGACUCAAUGGCGAAUUCUUGCUCAACUACUCCGAGUUCUCGUUCUUUGUCAACCGCAACGGCUGGCGCGCGCGACCCGAGUGGCGUAUCGACUGGGAGGGUACACCGCAAAACUUUGCCCUCAGUUAUCCUUGGAUUCUGGCUUUCGAACCCAACUUUAUCGAGCUGCGCAACAUUGAAAACGGUGCUAUCCACAUUGUGCCCCACAAGAACAUUCGUAUGCUGCACAGUAGCACGCACGAGAUCCUCUUCGCAUACGAGGACGAGCGUGGAGAGGAUGUCGUUGAAGCCAUUGACUUUUGGAAGAGUACACAAGCGCGUGCAGACGUAUAUGGCUCCCCGCCCUCCUCGUCAGCCGGCAUUCCGGGUUCGUCAGCGCGAUAGGACCAGCCCAGCCCGGUGUAGGAAGAGUGCCUGUCGUCGAGAAAGAAGCAUGAGCUCACGGCGUCCCUGGACGGCAUGCGAUGGCACCUCGGUUCGAAACGUAUCACGCACCGCGGACCAUCCAAGGCUGCCCGCAGGGCCACGAGUGAACCGCGUUUAUAUGCGGCAGAGGAGACACCGCCGCCGCGCUUAGCGAUGCUUAGCCCAAUGCGACAGAGAGCCAAUAUCGCCUGGCCUCUCGAACAAUCUU